UAUUGGUUCAUGAAGUGACCCAAACAGCCAAUCAGAGCGGCCCUUUCUAACAUGCAGAAAAAACUGAAGUUGUUGUCCUAUUUCCUCAACCGACAAUGUCUGAGGACGCAGCCAUGGAGAGUUCGUCGGUGUACAUGUGCUUCCCCUGCUACCAGGAGUUUAACACUCUGGAGGAGGUACUCGAGCACCAGUUGACUUGCACUGCUGAGGAUGAACAGGCCGACGCAUCUGCAGCCACCACCUCUGUCACUGUUCCAGUGCUACAGGCUCAGCAACAGGUAAUUAAUAUAGCAAGGACGCUCGCAGUCCCACAAAUUCAAGUCCAAGCAGAAUAUUCCACUGUGGAGCCAGCUAAGAGUCCACACAACGAGGCAGCAGUCGGUGAAACAGUGACAUCGGACCAGCCCAGAAUUCUCUACCAGUGUGGAGACUGCGAUGAACUUUUCAAGACCCUGGACCUUUGGCAGCAACACCGCAAAGAAGAGACAUGUCAGCAGUCUGACUCUGGGAGCAAGUCAAAACCUGAUUCACACCCUGAGACCGAGACUGUUUCAGCACAGAGCCCCAAUCCAACUUUAAAUCCAGAUGAGUCUUCUCUCUUGAUGAGUGAAAUCAGCCAAAAUUUGGAGCCACAACCAGUAGAGAACCCUGUAGUGGAGGAAGAGAGGGAGCAGGUUGCAGAGACCUCCUCUGAUCCUCCUGUUUCUGAGGUGGCCACUUCGACCACUAACCAAGAUGAUUCGUCUCCCAGGAGGAGAGGGGCAAACAAGAAGCCUAAGCCUGAACCAGUACUCCUGUGUGUGGACUGUGGCUCAUGCUUUGGCCUGGUGUCCGAACUUGUGGCCCACCGCAGGACGCAACACGGCUUUGAAGAAGCUCUCCAUCGCUGCUCCGUGUGUGGGGAAAGCUUUCUAAACACUACCCUUUUUCUCUACCACCGCAAGCAACACCGGCAGAAAGGCGAGGAAAGGAUGGUGGCGGUUCCUGAAGAGGCAUCAGAGGAAGUUUGUGCUCAAAGCAAUGGAACUGAUGAGCAGGAGCAGGAUGCCACUCCCUCAAACACUACGGUAACCUCCAGUUUCACUCAGCCCGAGUUGUUCAUGUGCAUCCAGUGUGGGCAGAGCUUUAGUGACGAGGGAGGGCUGGUCAACCAUCGUAAGCAGAAGCACGACCUGAAGGAACCACUACACAGCUGCUCCUAUUGUGGAGAGAGCUUCAUGAAUACCACCCAGUACCUGUACCAUCGCCGGCAGCACCGCUUCACAUCAGAGACAUCAGAGGUGGCAGAUGGAGCUGAAAUCGGGGAUGAAACAGCCAGUAAAUCUCAGGAUAGCCCACAGAGUUCAAAGCGGCUGCUUUCCCCGCCUGCCUCCACCAGUGAAUCAGGCUCGCCCCUUCCUAAGAGAAUCAGGCCCUCUUUCAGGAUCCUGAGCGGUGGUAAUGCACUUAAAGGAAACAAGAGUUCAGGCACCAAAGAGGAAUCAGAGGGCAGCGCUGCAGCUGACUCAGACAACACCAACCACCCUCCACCUGCCAAGCUCCUGCAGGACUGGGCACGCACACCGCUACCACAUGUUUGCCCGUACUGUGGCAAAACCUUCACACGCCGCGUCUUCCUCCGCACCCAUGUCUACAGCCACACUGGAGAAAAGCUAUUCACGUGCAAGGUGUGCUCAAAGUCCUUCACUAACUCCCAGAGCCUGCUGCGCCACAGCAUGAGCCACACAGGCAACAAGCCCUUCAGCUGCGAUGUUUGCGGCAAAAACUUUUCCCAGGCAGCCACCCUGAAGAGACACCAACGCAUUCACGCCUCAUCACUGCCUCGGCGCAGGCGUGGACGCAGACCGGUUUGUACUCUGGACAGUGAUGGCACUGCGCAUCUUCUCGCUUGUCCUCACUGCCCAUCACGGUUCAACACGGAGGAACAGCUAAACCAUCACAAACUGCUCCACACCAGCCAUCCGUUCCCUUGCCCCGAUUGUGGAGAAGCCUUCCAACGCAGGAGAGACCUGGACCUGCACUCGCUCACUCACCAAGACAAGCAGCCGGCGACUUGUCUUCACUGUUCAUCCCAGUUUGUGAACCAGGCGGUGCUGGAAAUCCACAUGCAGCGCUGCCCUAUCACAGAGGAGGAGAGGAAUACGGGUCGUGGACGUGGCCAGGGCCGGGGACGAAGCACAGGACAGGUUAUUGAGUGUGACCUAUGUGGCCACCGUUGCAUGACCCAAGAGGGCCUUGACCUCCAUCGGCUAUCCCACACGGGCCAGACACCCCUCAAAUGCCCAGUGAGGCCUUGCCGCCGCCGAUUUACCUCCAACAGUGCCCUGGAGGAGCAUGUGCUGGCUCAUUUCCAAGGAACGCUCAGCAAGUCCAAAAACCGACCCCGCUUCCGCUGUCAAAUUUGCCACAAGGAAUUUGCCUACAAUUCCACCUUCAGUGUUCACAUGAGGACACAUACUGAUGAGAGGCCCUUUGAGUGUGCCACAUGUGGCAAGCGCUUCCGCCAGCUGCCCCAUCUGCAGGACCAUGAGCGCAUCCACAGCGGCCUGCGGCCUUUCUGCUGCUGGAUUUGUGGAAAGAGUUUCAGCGUGGCUGCCCGGCUCACUGAGCAUGCCCGGACCCACAGCGGGGAGAAGCCCUACUCCUGUUCCCACUGCCCCGCUGCUUUCCGCUCUCGCUCCAACCUGGAUAAACACAUCCGGCUACACGGAGACCUGCCUCUGGAUGCAGCUGAGCAGGCAGUGCAUGAGGCCGCCGAGGUCCAGAAAGUGUUAGAAGGAGCCAAGGUGCUGUCUUCUCUGCCCACCUCGGGGGAGGUUGAGACUGCCUCAGUGCAGACCAUCUAUGUACUGCAGGGGGGCGAAGGAGGCACUGAGACUGUCAUGAUCCCGUCUGAUCAGCUCAGCGGCAUGGAUGGCACCUCACAGGUCGUCAUCCUGCCCUCCUCCGUUCUGGAAGCUCAGGGCAUUACUGUUCCCACGAUCACCAUGGAUGGAAAUGAAAUCACCAUGGUGGAGACGAGCCAGUCACCACAGCACGCCAUUGAAUUUAUUGUAGAGGAGACUGUAUGAAGGUAGAAAAACUAACUGAAAUUAUAGAUAAAGCUUAAUGUUUGAUAAUUAAAGGAUUGCAAGGUAUAUGUAUAUAGUUUGAUAGGUUUCUAAGCCAGUUAAGGCGGCAUCCUGUGUAGCAAUACAAUUUUUUUUUUUUCUUGAGCAGAAAUGUAUAAUUUAAAAAUGUUGACGGUGUUAAACUAACAAAUUGGUUGAUACACAGAAUGUACCUUAAAUUAGUCUCUUAAACUGAUUGAAAAACAGCUUGUAAAAUUGACCUCCGAUUGUAUACAGACGUGUAUUUACAGCCCUUUAGAGGGGAAGACCAGUGGUGGCCCAUGAAAUGUCUUCUGCUUUCUUUAUAAUAAAACGCUUCAGCUUUCA